CAAUUUAUAAAAUAUAAUAAUAAAAUCUAAAAUUUAAUAAUCUGAAGAAAAAUACGAACAGACUAACACGACAACUUGAUACCGCGCGCUGUUUUAUAUUUAUGGAAUAUUCCUAUCACCUGCGUGGGGCGCGCGCGCACUUUGCCGUGCGCCGGCGCCGCCGCCAGUGCCGCUCGAUCAGCUGUCGAGGAACGACAUCUACUAGUGCUCUGUACGGCACCCUGCCGCGUACGCCCUCGUAUUAAUUCUCACACUGUACUGAUUUUGCUAGUGGCUCAUAUUCACCUUGCACCCUAUCAAGGCUUAAAAUUAUUAAUAAAUAUUAGAAUACUUGAAUAUACAAGUGAUUUAGUGUUAGUUCGUCCCGUACUGGGGACUUCUAAGCGGUUGAAGACCUGUGCUGAAGCUGGCUGAUGGAACUGCAUCCUGCAUUGCUCCGCUGACUGACUGUCGCCGAGGCCAUCCCGACACCCCCGACUGACACCAAACAGGAGAGUGCGGUGUUCGCAACCUUCUACGUGGUCCGACCUUUGUACCGGCCUUACUCAUUGCCCUCUCAUUACGUAUUUACCUAGGUUACUGUUAAGUUUAUGCGAACAUUUUAAAUAUAGUUUAAUUUUUAUUUUUACUUGCGAUCGUUUCAUUUUAUAAUCCUGAAAGAUAAAAAGGAACGUGACAGUGGCGCCCAGAAACGUGGUUUUCUAAAGGUCAAAGGUCGGUCCAACGUAUUUGGUUUGUAGCUAUUAGGCAUUCUUUGGUGUGGUAGUAUUAUAGUUGGUGUUUGUGAUUGUACUGGGUCCUUGUGUUAUUUUUCUUUCCUUCCUCGAUUUUUUUUGUUUUUUUUUUAAUUUAUUGUAUAUGUUGCUGUACUUAACUACCUCCUUAUUCAAAUAUUAAAUGGAAAUUACUUGUAUUUAAGCUGAUUUUGAAUGUUACCUCGCUUUACUUGGUAGCCAUAAGCUUGUAAUUUUGUUUUACUUUAUUGUACAACAUACCCAGCGUUUUGUAAAAUGGCUUUUCCAAUUAAAUUUUUAUUACUACAAAAAUCUGAACUGCUUUAUGAGGUCACUAUUCGAGGUGAGGUACCGGUGGAUAAUGUUACAGAGCUCCGUCGUCAAAUCACUAGAUUAACACAAAAAUAUCCACCUGAGGAUAUUUAUGAAUCCUGUUUAGACUUUGUAGAAGAUUGUAAUGGAUUUGCUGAGACCCUAGAAAAAGUUAAAAAUAAUAUAACGCUACUUAAGUCAGAUACACAAAAAUCAUUGGUUGAUAGAACACAAAGUUUAUUACACCAUUUACAUUAUAGAUUACAGCGUAUUGUCCCUCCACUUACACCUGAGCAUAACAAGUUAUUAAAUAAUUUAAAAUCAACAUAUAAUACCUUAUCAUCGCAUUUUGCUGAUAUAUUAAAAUCAUCCGGGCCUUCAGUCGAGGGCGUAACGGCUUCUAAAGUAGAUAGUUUGGCAGAAGGGAUAACAAAAAUCGCCGUCACCUGUGACCGUGGCUUAUCCUCUGAUAUUUCUAAAUUAAAAUAUGACGGGAAAACAUGUGUGCGUGCCUUUAUACAGCGCUUAAAUGAAUUCCGAACCGCUAAAGAGGUCUCUGAUACCAAAAUGAUGAAUGCGGCAACAGAGAUUUUUACUGGAGAUGCGCUGCAUUGGUUCCGUAGUGUCAAAUCUCAUGUAAACUCUUGGGAUGAAUUGUUAGUGUUACUUAAGGACGAUUUUGAUAUCGUGGAUUACGAUUACCGUAUGUUGUCGGAAAUCCGUAAUCGUUCUCAGGGUAAUGCCGAAAACAUAACUAUUUACUUAGCAAUUAUGGAAGGCAUGUUUUCUCGUCUUAGCAAACCAAUGAGUGAAGUCGAUAAACUCGAUAUAAUCUUGCACAACAUAAGACCUUGUUAUGCGAAUAUACUAGCAACUAGUCCCGACAUUACUUCCGUAAAUCACUUACGUACACUUUGUCGGAACUUUGAGCGUGUCACUUAAACGGUGUCGGUACUUAAACGGUGAAUCUCACCACCACCCUAAACAGUUAGCUACCGUGGGAAAA